CUUGGCAAAAAGGGAAGCGACGAUGUAUGCUCAAUGCUGAAUGACUUUUUAUGGAAUUUUCUCGAUUUACAAGUAAGAUCGCUUGAAAUAUUCUGUGACUCGUGUGGAGGGCAAAAUAAAAAUUACACGAUGUUUCGUUUUUUGCAUUAUAUUGUCCACAAUACACAUAGACUUGAUUAUGUUAAAGUUACUUUUCCUAUUCGUGGGCAUUCCUACAUGGAACCGGACAAAAAUAUGGGCUUAAUAAACUCCCACCAAAGAGCAGAGAUUCCUUCAGAUUGGGUAGAAAUUUUUAGAAGUGCUCGUGCAAAACCAUCACCAUUUGACGUUGUGGAAAUAGAUCAAUCCUACUUUCGAGCAUGGACAAAUUUUUUUAAUACCAAAACGGAUUAUUUGAAGAAAUGUCCUUUCCGUUCCCGUCCUAUUCGAGAAUUAGAAAUACAUCAAGAACAUCAUAGACUAAUAUAUUACCGAGAGUCCUAUAAUGGAGCAUGGGAGUCAGCAAUAGUGAAGGGAAAAGAGACUAAGCGAAAGGGACCUGUGCUAUUGCAAAAUGAAUUUGUACUUCCUCCGUAUUCUUAUUCAGGUUUGAUACCCAUCACGGCUAAAAAAUUUAAACACCUACAAGAUUUAAAACGAUUCUGUGGUGACGAAGCAAAACAAUUUUUCGAUAACCUGCCCAAGAACUAGAAGUAUAUUUUAUAUUAAUAACUAUUGUCUACUUUUCGGUAUACCUUGUUUUUUUUUGGACUUGGCCCCUUUAGGCCAACAAUGUUUGAUGGUUUGACCAAUUAAUGCUUAUGUUCUACUUUGUAUAAAUGACAAUAUAAGUUUAAUUUCUUGUGUGUGUCUCAAUAAUUACCCAAAUAACUAAUCUAA